CGCGGAGCGGAGCGGCGCGGCCCCGCCCGGGGCGCGGGGAGAUGACGUCAGCGGCGGGCGGCGGGCGGGCGGCCAUGGUGCGCGGGCGCUGAGCGGCGCGGUGGCAGCGGCAGCAUGUCGGGGCAGAGCGCCGUGUCGGACCCCCAGCACCCGGCGCGGCUGCUGCGGGCGCUCAGCUCCUUCCGCGAGGAGAGCCGCUUCUGCGACGCGCACCUGGUGCUGGACGGCGAGGAGAUCCCGGUGCAGAAGAACAUCCUGGCGGCCGCCAGCCCCUACAUCAGAACAAAAUUGAACUAUAAUCCUCCAAAGGAUGAUGGCUCAACAUACAAGAUUGAACUUGAAGGAAUAUCUGUUGAUAUCAUGAAAGAGAUACUAGAUUACAUCUUCAGUGGGCAGAUCAGGCUAAAUGAAGAAACUAUCCAAGAUGUGGUACAGGCAGCUGAUCUCCUGCUGCUUACAGAUUUAAAAGCUCUCUGCUGUGAGUUUUUAGAAGGUUGUAUAGCUGCUGAGAACUGUAUUGGUAUUCGGGACUUUGCACUACACUAUUGUUUGCAUCAUGUUCACUACCUUGCCUCAGAGUAUCUGGAAACUCACUUUCGAGAUGUCAGCAGCACAGAGGAAUUCUUGGAACUGACUCCAAAAAAACUGAAAGAAGUGCUGUCAAUGGAAAAGCUCAAUGUCGGAAAUGAAAGAUACGUCUUUGAAGCGGUGAUUAGGUGGAUUUCUCAUGAUGCAGAAUCAAGAAAGGUUCACAUGAAGGAUGUUAUGUCAGCAGUGUGGGUUUCGGGCUUAGAUGCAGCCUAUCUACGCGAGCAGAUGAUGAGCGAGCCGCUGGUCCGGGAGAUCGUCAAAGAGUGCAACAACAUUCCCCUGACGCCCCCGCAGCAGGGAGAGGCCAUGCUGGCCUCCUUCAAGCCCAGGGGCUACUCCGAGUGCAUAGUGACCGUUGGGGGAGAGGAAAGGGUGUCACGGAAACCCACCUCAGUGAUGCGGUGCAUGUGUCCUCUUUAUGAUCCCAACAGACAGCUCUGGAUUGAGCUUGCUCCGAUGAGUAUUCCACGGAUCAAUCAUGGAGUAUUGUCGGCAGAAGGAUUUUUAUUUGUGCUUGGUGGUCAGGAUGAAAACAAGGCAACGCUAAGCUCUGGAGAGAAGUAUGAUCCAGAUACCAAUUCAUGGAGUUCCCUGCCACCGAUGAACGAGGCACGGCAUAAUUUUGGUGUGGUAGAGAUUGAUGGAAUUCUGUAUAUUCUGGGAGGUGAGGAUGGUGAAAGGGAGCUAAUCUCUAUGGAGAGUUAUGAUAUUUAUAAGCGGACCUGGACCAAGCAGCCAGACUUGACCAUGGUUAGAAAGAUUGGCUGCUAUGCAGCUAUGAAGAAGAAAAUCUAUGCAAUGGGUGGAGGCUCCUAUGGAAAACUCUUUGAAUCUGUGGAGUGUUAUGACCCUAGGACUCAGCAAUGGACAGCAAUUUGUCCUCUGAAAGAGAGAAGAUUUGGUGCAGUGGCCUGUGGAGUUGCCUCUGAGCUUUACGUGUUUGGUGGGGUCAGAAGUCGCGAUGAUAGUCAAGCCAGUGAGAUGGUGACAUGCAAAUCUGAAUUCUAUCAUGAUGAGUUUAAAAGGUGGAUUUAUCUGAAUGACCAGAACUUAUGUAUCCCAACUAGUUCUUCUUUCGUGUAUGGAGCUGUGCCUAUUGGAGCCAGCAUUUAUGUGAUUGGAGAUCUUGAUACAGGUACAAAUUAUGAUUAUGUGAGAGAAUUUAAAAGGAGCACGGGAACCUGGCAGCGCACAAAGCCGCUGCUUCAAUCAGACCUCCGCCGUACCGGCUGCGCAGCUCUGCGGAUUGCAAACUGCAAGCUCUUUCGACUGCAGCUUCAACAAGGAUUAUUCCGCAUUCGCGUACAUUCUCCAUGAUCCCUAUGCUGGAAGUGGCGGAGACUGGAAGAAUUCUGCGCUGUCCACCAUAAUAUAGCUCUAUAUAAAGGAAAAGCUGAGAAAUUGCAACUGAAACUUACACUGUAUGCUGUGCUUUGGUAUGGUAACUGUUUUUGUUUUAAAUGCUUAAAAAGCUUGAGUCUCAGUUCAUGUUUCGGGGACAAAUAACUCUACGUAUACAUUAAAAGAAGAGAUAUAAAAAUGAGAUAAGGAAACACCUUCAGUCCUAACCAUUUGGAGUUUAAACUGUGUUAUUGAAGGAGUUUCUUUGUGUCUGAAACUGGUGGGAAUUGGUAUUCCUUUGACGAAGUUUAUGGGAAGCAAAAACGAUUUAAGGUGCAUUUCCCCUGAGGGGAAUUGAUAAGAAUAAAUGUGCUAUCUUGGACUGGAUAGCUAUAAUGCACAGAAGCUAUAUGAAAACCAACCUCUCUGGUAUACUGCAAAGACUGUUGUUUGACUGUAAUGCCAUAGGAGAUGUUGGUUGUUGCACCAUUUAUUUCUAGUCCUUCCUCAAAAGUUAAGGUCUGUGCCUAAAAAUGGUGGAGGUGUACAUAUGUUUUUCAUUCAUUUGCAAUGUUUUCAUUCCUAAGAAUAUUUUUAAUAUAUUUAAAAUGGACUAAUCUAAAACAGAUACAAUACACUACAGAUAAGUAAACUGUUUUUUCUACGCUGUCAUUCGAAUAGCCUGACGCACUGGUGUACAGAUGGGUGGCAUGCAUUUCUUUGAGGAUUUUGGAGGCUGCUUUCUUGAAGUAAAGGGAAAACUAAUUGGAACGGUUCAUGACGACUGCUGCUCUUGGUAAAAGACAACAGAUCGUGACAAAUUAAAGAAAAUAGGUUGUAUUCCUUUUUACUUCAGAUGAUUUGCUAACUAAGAGUCAGGUUUUUAAGACUGAGGAUUGUAGGAAGGUGCAUUUUAUCUCUGUUAGAACAAAGGUGGCAUGUGACAAGGAUAUACUUGUUUUGCAGAAAACAUGAUUUUUGGACCAUCAGUUAAGGAAAAUUGUACAGCAACUUUAAAUUGGGAUCAAAAGCUGGUUUACUAAAGACUUUUAUGCUAAGGUACAAAGUCUUGUUUACUACUGUUUGACUUUGAAGGCUGGGUAUUAUGGUGUGGUUAUAGUGAAGAAUUUAGUAUCUUGCAUUUUAUUUCUUAAGUCUUGUUCACAUCAGUAGUGAUAUUUAAUUGACUUAUUUGUAGUAAAGAUCGGCUGGUAGAACAUUUUACCUCACUUUUUGAUUUCAUUGUUGUCGUUUAUGAUAGGUGGGAUAUAACAUAUAUUUAUUUAAAAAGAAUAAAAUGAGAGAUGGAAAUAGAAUUGAAAUUUCCUGCCCAUCAGAAAAAAGAGACUUUAUAUUACCAGUAUUAUAACUACGUAUAGUACUUUCCAUUCUGCAACUUUGUGGACCUCAGACAGAAGCCAAUCUUUGCCCUCAGUUUUGUUAGUGUAAAUGUUUGUCGUCAUUAUAGAUCUGCUGAGAUGCAAUCCCAAAUUAGUACAAAAUCAUUGUAUUUAAAUAUUCCUUUAAGAGACAUUCUAAAACUUACUCCUGCUCAUAAUCCUUCUAUAAGGCUGAUUCCUUGUUGGAAUUACUCUGGUUCUGAGUGGGGUGGGGUGGGAAGGGCGCAGCAGCUAACCCAUUGACCACUAUUUAUUUUUUUUAUUUCUUGUAAUGCUGAAGUGCUGCAAGACUUGAACUAUAUACAUCAGUUUUCUGGCCUAUAUUAGUUGGCAUAUUAGAAAGUAUAUAUAUUUAUGCAUUGCAGUAAACUUGGUGUGUGUAUAUAUGUUUUAAGAUUUUAAAUUUAUAUAUAAUGCUUUAUUACAGAAAUGUGAACCACUAAUUCUAUCUUCAGCUGUCUUGUGAAAGAAAUCUCAAGUACUGUUAGCUUAUCUGUAAAACAUCCCUUUUCUGAAAAUUUUGCAUUGUUUAAUUUUUUUCCUGAAUAAGUGCUGAAAUCCCAUAUUCAAAAGUGAGUGGAUUAAAUGUUUCCAAGUAUCUAUCUCACUUUUGAGCUUAGUUUUCUGAGCGGCUUAGAAAACUUCUGAAAAUGUUAUUUAAAAUAUUGCAGGCUGCUAUCUCUGAGUCCCUGUAGCUCCCCAGUACAUUUGAGGGCAUUCAGCAUCCAGAGAAACUAAAUAAUAAAUGCGCAUAAUAACAAAUUAUGUAUACAUUAGCAGUGUUUUGCAGUUAAAGUUAGUGAACUAAAUGUUUACACAUCGAGUAGGAUUAACAGUAGGUUUUCUUACUUUUUUAAAAAAAAAAAACAUAAAGCAAACAAAAAUUUGCUGGUAAUUGGAGUGUGUUGCUAAUGCACUCAAUUAAACUUGACCGAGAAGCUUAAAACUUGUCACUUGGAAUAGUUGCAAACUUAAUUUCGUAGCAUGCAUAUACUCCUAGAGCUUACUCCAAGAUUGGAGAUUGGGAGCCAAGUCUCUAGAGACACCGUCACCUUAAGUUUCAGGUGUGUAAGUUGAAGAUUUAGUACUCAUUCAAUCUCAAAAUUGGCUUCCUUGGCCCUGCUUCAAGCAGGGAGUUGAACCAGAUUUCCAGUAUGGAUUAAUUGGUGAUUCUAUAAUCCAUGUUGCCCAACUACCUGCCUAACCCUCCUAGGGCUUAAAGUUGCAGUUCUGGGGACUUGGAGUAGUUUUGUUUUUGUCUGAGCUAGUGAGCUGGAUCAGCUCCCAGAGAGCUGGUACGAGGAUGGGAACGUGAGGUUCAGGGCGAAGGAAGACGGAGCGUGAAGCAGUAGGGCAGGACGGGUGUCCAGAGCCGCCUCUUUGGGCGGCAUCAUGCCAUCGAUCAGCCUGCGCUCCUGUUGAGGAGCUGGGAGGAAAGUUGUCUGCAUCUCCGUGCUGCUGGGUUCCUCCGACCCCUUUUUAUGUUGCAGCCUUGGUAGAGGAUCAGGAUGGUCCUCAGACUGCUUUGUCUAUGGAGCUGAUCAGUAGAUGAUCCCGCCUGGCUUGUGCUUGUGUGUACAAGAGAAGGGACAUAUCUUUUGGCGUCCGGUAAGCAUAUGUCUGUCUGUUUGUCCAGCUCUUAAUCCACAAGCCUGGUGAUGAGCCUACUUUGGGGGGAAGUGAAAUAAUCAGGUUUUGGUUCCUUCCCAGUUUGGAGCAGGAUUUGGAAACCAAGGUUCUCCCUUCUCCAGGGAGCACCUGGUGGUUCGGAUUGUUGUUUAUGGUGAGAUGGAUAGUUACCUCUUCCUGGCUUUCUUCAGGAAAGAUGAUCUACUUCAGCAGUGGGGAGAGGAUUUGAUACCAGAGGUCCUGGGUGGAGGGAGGCAUCCAGCCCAGACCGCUGGGAGGUAGGAUGUCUCGCUGAUGAACACCUCUAGGUAGAAUUGGAUCUUCUGAUAAAGGUCACCAGCCUGGCUGUCCUUGCUCUUCUUGGCAACCACAUAGACCUUCGUAAGAUGGCUGAACCACGUGUGAAGCACCUCAUGAAUUUUUGUAGUUUGCAAUCCAGGUUUAGGUGUUUGGGCAGUUUAGAAACUUGUUUAAGUUGUCCUUGCUAGGCACAGAAGCCUUGACAGCCAUCCCACCUUAAUUCACUGCUGUUCAUGGAUCAGCACUCUUAAAUCCAGCCAGUUCCUUCAGAGAUUAAAAAAAAAAAGAAAAAAAAGAAAAAAAAAAGAAAAACACAAAAAACCCAAUUUUCUUAGUGAGCUCUCUGCAGUCUGCUGGUUUCUGAGGAUCAGGUUUUUGAGCUCCUAAUCUUCCCUGCUGGUUUACUGAGCUGGCUGCUGGGUUAGGGACCGUGAGUUCGCCAUGGCAUUGAAAGAAGUUCCUGAGGCCAAUGCAUGUGUCACUUAAGAGUGCCGCUCGCUUUGUGUGCACAGGGUCUAGAAGACAGCAAUAGUGGAGCCUUUCUCCCCCUCUCACUCCAGCUCUUACCAUAAUUCCCCCCAAAAGUUUGUUUUUCUUUCCUUUCUACAUUUGCCACAGAUUACUUUUGGAAAAGCAAAUUGUGAAUUUAGGGGUAAAGAGCAAAAGUUUGACCUUACAAAUGGAAAAAAAAAAUUAUAUGCACACAACAGUGUCCUCUGUGCCUGCUUUACAUGUGUAGUCUUGUGGCUCCUUUGCACAGAAGGUGAUUGCUGCUGUCCCCCUCAAAAGGGAAGUAAAGGUAUAAUGCACGAAAGCGCUCAUGAAACAAAACUUCUAGGUUUCAUUCCAGGGGUCCUACCAGAAGCGGAAGAGAUGUGCAGCAGGCUUGGUGUCCGUGCUUUGACCAACCUGAGUUGAGACACUCGUGCUCCUAAGUGUUCAAUGUUGGACUGGACUCCAGAUUCACCUCUGCUUCAUUUCUCUAGCCCUGAGGAAGGGACGUCCUGCAGAGCUUUCUGCCUUGUUAGACCACAGUGAGGUCUGUCUGUCUUUAAAUGUUUUACCAGCUGUUCCUCAAGUUUUAGUUAUUGUGAAAUGCUGUGUGAACUUGGCUGUUUCUGGUCAAGUGACUUGCAGUAGCUUUAAGGUACCUUGUCUUUGAACUGAAGCCGAGCUGAUACGAGACUACACCAGAGAAGAGCGGUGAAUCCGAAAAAUGAAGGCAAACUUACAAAAUCAGCUUGCUAAUCACUGCAGGCAAGCUGUAUCCCUUCUGCUUUUGAUGGCACAAAACUCAUGCAGUUUACAUUCUGAAUCAAAAUUCUUGCUGAAAAUAGGAGUUUUCAUCAAAGCUACGGAAAUGCCUGGCUUUCUUUAUAAAUUCCCCUUCCAGAAAACACCAGGCAGCUGAAUUUCCUUUUUGCAAUAUUUUCUCGUGCCUGCAUGACUUGGUAAAUGCACAAGCACAAAAGUGAGGGGUUUAGUUCUUUUCUUCCUUCCCCCCCCCCCCCCCCCCAUUUUGACUGCAGUUUCUCUAGUCGGUUGCAUAAAUACUGUCUUUGUAUGGUCUGAAUGUUUUUUUUGGUAAUACGCAUUUGCCAUGCAAAGUGCAGGAUGCAAUAACAAAUGAAAGCUGUUACAAGUGCCAAACUUCUGUUUUUCUCUAUAUGUAACAAUGAUUUAACUCUUCUGUUAAAAUACAGGGGUGUUUAAAAUUCACUGUGUUCCACAAAGAGUAGUGGUUCUUCAAAUGAAUGCUACUUAAAUCACUGUAAAUCCUUCCAUAUCGUUUUUUUGUUUGUGGUUUUUGUUUUAAUACUCUUCUGCAGGUCUGUGUUACUCUUCACAGCUGCCUUGAAACAUCACUCCAUGUGAUGCAUCUAGACACCUCACUCUUCAUUAGCACACUAGUGCCAUGCAAGUGUAUACUAAAUGGCCGCUGGUGAUAGGUUUUAAUAUUUAAAUUUAGAAAUAUUUGGAUAAAGUGCAAUUCAUCUGAAUUAAUCUUACUGCAGAAGGAAAGUUGUGUCUCAGGAAAUGUGAAUAAGACCAGGGACACAGGCGUAGUUAAGAUGGUAACUUUGAUAUAUUUUUGUGCCCCUCACAGGGACGCUUUCCAAGGAGUUUUGUUUAAUUUAGGGUAUGGAUCCUUUCUGCCUCUGAUGUAAGCAUCAGGACUUUGUUUCUCAUAACUCUUUGCGGUGUUUAAACAACUUUUUCUAGACUGUUCAUUAUGAAGGUGUUUUGCAGUUAGAAGCUACUGGUUCGAGGUUAGUUUGGAGUUUUUUCUUUUAACGUUGAGGAGAUGCAAUGGGUUACAGCCUCUAUGCCAGACAGGGCUGCUGUAGCCUUUUGCUGUUUUCUGUUAUUCUUCCAUGUUUGCUGUUGCAGUUAACAGCUGCGUCAGCAGGAUCUGUGUUUCUGUGGCUUGGUACCUUUGAAAGGAAAAAGAGAGCGCUCCCUAAUCCGUAGGAGCGGGAAGCUGACCCAAUAAAAGCCGAUACCGCUGCAAAGCCAGGAGGAUUCGGGUGAAGCACCGCUCUUUCUGUAGAGGUCGCGUUCACGUGCCCUGAUGCUCAGGUUGAGCAUCUCGUGUGCACCUCUGUGCUCCCCAGCUCCGGGGUGGUUCCUGAGAAACUCCUUACUGGGAGAAGCGUUGCAGCCGGCCUUUGAAGUGGCAGCUCUGAUCGGCCCUGUCCUGCAUGACUCUCUGUAAUUUAACUGCUGCUGUACUUCAGUAAUCAAUUCCUUUAAAUUUUUCAUUACAGCUAAGCUGAAAGAAUAGAUAAAACCUUUCUAAGUGCCUAACUAAAUAAACAUCUGCUAAAAUGGAUUAAAUGUAAUGGAGGAAUUAAGCUUUAAGCUGCUACCAACAGGUGAUAUAUUACAAAUUUGUUGGCAAUACGAAAUCUUAAAGAUUUUUCAGAAUACCUUAAAAUAGCUUAUUCUAGAUAGCUGCUUGUUAUAAAAAUAACCAUAAUAUGUACAGGGUCAGAUUUAGGAAUAAUAUUUGAAGAUUGUGAAAUAACUUGUUAAAAUGUCUAGAAAAGUGAGCUUGAAGAUUGGAACUUUUCAAUGUAAUAGGUUAAAUGUUGUUGCCCAGUAUUUUUGCAGGGUUUCAUGUGGAUGACACCUGCCAGAGUGCUUCAGUAAAUGAACAUGCUCAAUGCAAUUGCUUACCAGUGCCCUUGAAUUUUCAUAAUGAAAUGAGAAUAUACUGAGCCCUUGUAAAAGCUGAUGGAUUAUAUUACAAUAACAAGAUAGGAAGAAGCAUCCCCAAUAUAAGUAAUGUCUAUUAUUUCAUUGAUAAAACAUGAAAAAGGCCUUUUUUUUUUUAAUACCAGUUGCUUCUGAAUUGCCACCUGAUGCCCUUGAUUUUUUUCCUUGCCUUUCCUCCUUUCCAGGUAAUGGCAAGAUAUCUUCUGUUUUUGUCAAGGGCAGUUUCUUUCAUCUGUACUUUUAAACCCUGUCAGAGCUUGUUAGGUAUCAUUUAAGCAGGCUCUGCAGUGGGCUGUUUUUGCAGGUAUAAUUUUGUGUCUGUGAUUUCUGUUAGCAUAAUACUACCUUUACGUAAUUUCAGAAUAGGAAAAAACAGCUCUGGAAGAAUAUUGUACCUGAUAAAAGCAAGGGCUGUUUUGGAAAGUCUACAUUGCUGUAUGCGAUAGGCAGCAUGCUACAAAAAAACUAUCACUGGCAGUUUUUGGAUUUUUCUCAACUUAAUGAUCUCGUGUGUUAAAACUUCGGCCAGCCUGUGUCUGCUUCAUUAAUCUACCCGUAUUAAUGGAAAAACGUAUUAUCAUCUUUGUCACUUGUUUCACUAUUUUUAGUUCUUAAAAAAGCAAAGUCUGUUUAAUUAUUUAGAAGAAGAACAUAUAAAGCUGUACAGCAGGGUAUCUGGCCAGGUGGUCAAGUUGGAGAGAUGUUCUUUAAAGUCUCUUGUUAAAGUUGCUUUCUGAAAGGAAGCCAAGAAGUGUCCCCUUAAGAAACACCUUCUCAUAAACUCUUUUGGACCUGGUCUUAAAUUUUUGUUGGUGAGUGUUAACAUCCAAAAGACUCUUGGAUUGCUUACAGAAAGUGGGGAUUUGUUCUAGUUUUUGCCUGCUUGGAGAGGAAAAAAAAUGCUUAAGUCGAUCUUAAGCUAAGCUUGUGGGUUGUUGUUGCUUUCCUCUCCCUAAAUUCCCAAACCUAAUGAUUGAUCUUGUAGCUGUAAGUUUACAUGUAAGGGUCUGCGUCUAUAUCUUGCAAUAUGUUGCGAGUAUUAUAUUGAUAUCUUAGUUUAAUUGAUUUACGCAGUAAGCUGUGUUCUGGUGGACUUCUAAAAGGUAGCGUUAAUACUGCAGUGUUGGGGGGAGGGAAGUUAUCGGUAAAAGGACAAGAUUCUCCUUAUGCUGCUGCAGCCUUGCCGUGUGCACCUGACAGGGCAGGAGCUGUUCAUUUUGGCACAGAGCUGGUGUAAUUGCUGCCACUUUUGCUGCCCUUGCUGCUUGGAAAAGUGGUGGGUUUGUUGCCCGGGUGCCAGAGGGAUCUCCCAAGCCCGUGUUCGGCUGAGAACUGUGCCCUGCAACACUCGUCACAACCCUGAGGAACCAAAGAUGCAGCCCGCUGGGUGUACCUCACCGUGUCCGCUGCCUCCUGGCCUUGUUUUGUCUUUUGCUUUUGUUAUUGUCACCGAAUCACAAACUGGUUGGGGUUGGCAGUGAUCUCUGGAGUCAUUUGGUUGGAUGAUCCAACCAUCGUGAAUCCAGCCCCAUGGAUGGAGACUCCUCUACCUCGCUGAGCAGCCUGCUCCGGUGUUCAACACAGCGCAGUUUUAAAAAAAAAAAAAAAAAAAAAAAAAAAAAAAAAAAAAAGUCUUAUUUUCAGAUAGAAUUUCCUGUAUUUUGGUUUGUGCCCGUUGCCUCUCGUCCCAUCUCUGGGCACUGCUGGGAAGAGUCUGGCCCUGGCCUCCUUACUGCCCCCAUCUUUAUACGCAUUGACGGGACCCCCGCAGCCUCCUCUUCUCCAGGCUGAACCACCCCGGCUCUUUCAGCCUCUCUUACUAACAGUCCUGUUAACAGGACUCUUGCCCCAAAUUUCCGUCUGAAUCUGUAGCUUUCCGUGUGUGAUAGGACUCAAGAACUUCUGUGGGUCUGAGGAAAUCUGCCUCGGAUCUGAUCUUCCCGCGCGCUGGCUUUCUGCAUGGCUUUGCAUCCUUUGAUUGCGCUCGGCGUGCGUGGGGAGAGUGCUUAGUGGGUGAUGAAAUGACUUUUCAUCAAGCUUAUAAAACUGUAAUGUGGCAGGUUAGGGAUCACCUGAACAGGUUGUGUGUACAACGCCUGUCGCACCCUGCGCUGCAUGGGUUUUACUUGUGGCUGGAAGACUUUGCUUUUUGUCUAUGGAGGAAAGCCCCUGUUCUCAGCCACUCUUCUUUUUCCCCCCUCCCCGUGUCUUUUUUUUAACUGCAUUUUGUCCUUCAAUUAAACACCAAAACCAGACAAGAAGCGAGGCAGAGUGAUGCCAUUGUCCAAGGACAGUUUACUUUAUUUUCAUUUUAAAUGCAUGUUUCUGGAGGAAAAGACCAAGGUUGACCUGCAGCUGCUGUAAAAAAAGAAAAAUAAAUAAAAUUUUAUAUUGCUUGAAAGUAACUACUGCACUUGUAAAUGAGAGAAGCAAUUGAAAGACUGUCCUGAUGGUUUUUAAAUUGGAAAACAUGUCUUUUUUAAAAAAAAAGUCUUUGCUUUGUUUUCUCUCUGCUCUGUGCUGUUUUUCCCUGUGAAGUUGCUCCAUGAUCUCACUCGAGAGCCUCCUCGAUUUUUGUGUAAUGUCUAAUCGGGACUCUUGUGCAUGGAGUUCCCCACUUACACAUCCGAAUACACCCUCGCCUUCCCUACCUGAGAUCAUACUUUUGUCCAUUUCUUUGGGACCUUCAAGUUUGCAGGUUUUGCACAGCUUGAAGAAUAAGAAAACUGCUAGCUUAUUUUUUUCCUGCUCCUAAAGGUGCUAUUUUGACAUAUUUUUGAAUUCCUGACACUGUGCUUGAAUUCUUAAAGUACCAAUGCAAGCUGAUAACCAGCUCAUUGCUUGUUGUGUUUUUUGAGUAUUCAGUACUUUAUGGAAAAUGAUUUUUUUUUUAAGACAGCUCCCUAACUGUUAAAGGCCUUAAUGAUCUGGAAUGAAAUGGGAAACGGCUGCCUUUUUUCCGUUUUUGUUUGUAAAGGCAAAACAAGAAAUGGAGAAAUGGGGAAAUUUUGUCUAAAAUGUUAAGUAGCAGCUUGUAUUAACUUGAAGUGUAGCAAGUAUUAUACCGACCACGCACAAAUGUUAGGCUUAAAAGAGGGGGCUGUACUAACUGGCUAAUUCCAGAGCUUUCAAUGGGCAUCGUGGCGGUUAUUUAGCGAGUAGUGAUCUCCGAGGGGCCGGCUGGGCCGCGGAGAGCGCAGAGGAUCCGCCGAGGUUGGAUCCCGGAUCCUCCUGCUUCGGGAAGGGCUGAGGAGGAGCAGCGCUGCAGCCAGGCUGGUGCUCGGGGGCUGCUUGCGGCUCGCUGGCAGCCUGGGUCAGGAUGGGACCGUCCUGUUCCUUGGUUAAGGGAACCUUGCAAAGGUUUCUGGGCUGAGCAGCGUAGGAGGUCAGCACAGGAGGGCCUGUGUUUGUCCUAGCUCAACCUGAGGGUCGUGGAGGCGAUGGAGCUGUUUCCGCAGGGUGGAACAGUGAGUGUUGGCGUCGGUGUCCGGGGUCUGCUGGCAGCCUGUUCCCCACCCCCUUCUAGAGAGACCCAGCCUGUGUUACUGCUUCCCAGUUUAUGCAUACUUUGGAUUUAAUCAUCUCAAGUGGGAGCCUCAUGAUUUGAGAUUGUCUUCAUUUUGCCUCCAAAAGGAAAAAAAUACCAUAUUUCUUUAUAUUGGAUGCUCUGCCUUAAGCAUUUUCCCUCUGUAAACCAUGUUUGAGUGCCAUGAAUGUCGUAGGUCUGGCUAAAGGACUGAAGUACGCAUUGGGUGAAUGAUCGCUUGUGUACUUAGUCUAAUUUUGUCCUGGACAAAAUCUUCUAUUUUAGCGUAAGAGAAUGAAAUAGCGGCUACGCUGUGUACUCCAGCCGUGAUGUCUGUACUCCUUGAGCCAAGCAACGGGGCGGUGCGGGAACGCGAUGCCUUGCCGGAGCGCCCUGCUGCCGCUCUAGUGACGGUUCGGUCGAACCCAAGGUCUCGGUAAGUGCCGGGAUGUUGUCGGAAUAUAUUGUCGCCUUUUCUGCGGGAAGCACGUCAGGGUGGCGUGGUGGAAACGUGCUCACCUGGCCUUGUUUGCCGCCACCCACGCACAGCCCGCCGGCACGCUCGCCCCAGCUGUCCGCCUUCGGCUGCCGUCUUGCAGAUUUGUUUACUGUUGCAGGCUUUUACGUGUGUCCGUUUUGUGGGUCUUUCCGUGCUCCGGCAUGCUCUGUGGGAAUGAGGCGGUUCCUCGUGGAUGCUUACCCCAAGUCUUCGUGUUGCUUUAAGAUUGGAUUUGUGAGUCGCUUUGGGCCCAGCUUGGGAGCGCUCCCCCGACCUGCCUACGUGGAGGCACUUCUGCUAAAACCAGGGGAAAAAUGAGGAGUAAGCGCUUGUCGGCCUCAAUCAAACUAUGCAAUAAAGACCACUGGAGAGCUGCAUUUUUUCUGAUACCGAAGACGUGUGGCUCUCGUCCUUCCGAGUCCAGGCCUUGGUCCAAGGUUAGGAGAGCUUGUGCUAAGUUGCUGCCCAAGAAUCUUGCAUCCAAAUCGAGUCUUGUCCGCUGUUUUCCCUCCUUUUUUCCCCGCUGGCUGUGCGGUUUGCUGGGUGUUUUGACUUUGAGUAACGUGCUGUCCAAAGUACAUCCCUCCUGUCGUCUUGUUGUCAGCUGGAGCCUGUCCCGUACAUCUGCCCGUGUAGGUCACCCAGCAGUGGACAUUAGGGGCUGCUUCCCAACACCUGCACCUCUGGUGCAGAGUGCAUUGGGCUCUUUUGAUUGUCGCUGGGCCCCUCCAGGUAGAUGUGAGUCCUGCUUGUGUCCCCGUGUUGUUCAGCUGUGUGUCUGGUGCUGACGGUAAAGACUAUCCUUGAAGUCUCAGACGCAGCCUGAGUCGGUCUUUGUUUCCGCUGCUUGUGCAUGCGCGUGUGUGCGUCUCUGUUGCUUCCGUUGCAGUUCGGGGAUUAAAUGCCCGUGUGGUCAGGACUGUUAAAGGUUCUUUGUUUUCCCUUUGUUUCAUUUUCUUUGACGUUUGUUCCGUCUUUCUGUGCUUAUGGUGUUUCCCCUAUUAAAUGCUAUUAAAAUCCAUGCGUCAUUUUCCCCUGGUCCUGCAUCCUGGGGGUAGGUAGCUCUUCUCUACCCGUCUACCAGACUUGCCACCUUCAGACUUGCCACCUUCACGUGCAUUUGUUCAAGUGGUUUCCUUAUAUUGUCAUUUAAAUAACCCCUUUUGUACCUCAUGCUGCUUCUCCUUCCUAAAUCUGUUUACUAUUUUGCCUUUCUUAGUUCAGGUUAACAUUGAUUAAUUUGCCUGACUUGAAAAGGGGUUUCAGUGCGUAAGGCAGGAGAUGAACGCGAAUCUCUUCGGAUAUCCGUGUGUCUCCCUCCCUCGCUCGUACGGUGCAAGGGGGGGGUCAGGCUGUCCCGUUCCUAACCCCGGCUUUUCCACGGGCAGGACCAAGUCUGAAGGUGUCUUUGAUUUCUUUUGUUUAUUAAAAAUAUUUGGAAAUUCUCUUCUUUGGAAGUUGCCAACCCUGAUGAGUCGUUGGCCUGUGGGAAGUUUGUGAUGCUUCCAUAUUCAGCAUUUUUAAUUGAGAAACAGAUUAUUUAUUUUGGAAAAAGAUGUAAAUUCUUUUGUAUUUGUAUGUCAAAGUGGCCUUUAUAGAAAAAGCACAUAAAAUAUUUAGAUUAAAAUUGCUUAGUUCUGUAAUUUUAGUGGGGAUUUUUGUAUUGACAGGGUUUCUAUGCAUUUUUCAAAAUAUACUUGCUGUUUUGUGUUACAAAUUAUCGGUAAUAUUUUUAAAAUGUAUAUUACCACAUUUUCCAUGGUUGAUCCCUUUACUAUCAUUCCUUUUGAAUACUACAAAGAUUUUAAUUAACCCUGUAAAUUAAUUUUCCCCCACAAAUGUAUGCAUAAAGCCAAUGUAGUGAGUUAGAGCAUGGGUGUGUAGCUUUAGGGGAAUAAUUGCAGUAGCGUAGCUUAAUUAUGGAGAGGUUUUUUUUUUUUUUUUUGAGAAGAACAGUAUGCAGUUAAGUAUUGCACUUAAAAGACUAAAUUAGCAAAUUAAGUUUUUGCUGUACCUCACUAGGGUGUUUUUUCAACUUAUUUUUUCCAUCCUAUGUUGUUUACACUCGAGCAUUAUUUAAAUACGUACCAUUUGUGCAGUAUGCAAUUUCUCCUUUAGUUUAUCAGGAUAGUGCUAACGUUAGUGGAUACGGAAGAAUUCCGGAAUAGGUGUGAUAUCGCGAUGGAUACGGCACGGGUUUGGGGGAGGGAGGGGGGAGAAGCUAGAACCGGUAGUAUGCUUUUCCAUUUAAUCAUGUGCACAUUUUCACACUAGCUCAAGUAGUUGAACUUACGGUCGAAUUGUGAGCAAAGUUGGUGCUUUGAGAAGAGGGGGAAAAACCAAGGUGGAGUUUGCAGAACUGCAGGCAAAAAUACGCUUUUGGCUGCACCUACCACCGCGCGUGCGGUUGCCGCGGCUGCCUACGCAGAGCAGAGCCUGGGUCUGAUCCGUGAGACCCUCUGUUGCUGCUCUGACUUCACUUUCUCUGCUCGAGGUGUUAGUGUAAGUCUCGCUGAGCGGAAGCUUCCCCAGGAGCGUUUGUCAACCACCACUUUGGUUUUUAUCUUAGGUAUGGCUUUUAAUUUUGUUUGCAGUUGGGUUAGUGAGAGAUCCUGCAUCGUUCGUAGGCUAGCCUAAGUGCAAGCUUUCAGGCGCAGCAAGGCUAACGUCGCAUGCUACCACGUAUUCUCACAACUGAAGAAAAACGUGCAAUUUUAACGGCACUUUGUGACCUACUGCUGAAACGCUGGGUUUUGCAGUGGAACAAACUCUUAACGAUUGAAAACACUCUGUGACUAGAUUAGAUGCCUUGAAAGGGAAGAAAGGGAGUUAUUCAGAUUGUACCCACAGAACAAAAAUUUUAAGAGCUUUGUGAUCUAUUAUUAGAAAAAUAUAUAUUCCUUGGUCUGCUUUAGUUGCCAUAAAUUGCCCAGUGCAGAGUCUGGUCCACCUCCAUCCAUUUAUUUUCGCGGAGUAAUCCUACACAAACUUGUGACAGCAAAGCAGGGAACUGCUGGGUUAUUUAUCGGUAACCUGUCUCGCAGGAUCGUUUUGUGGCUCACACAUGAUACAAAAAGGGACAUGGGACUUUUCCUGGAUUAAGUAGCACUUGCUUUGUUUACAUGUUCAGUAUAGCGUCGGGUGAGUAAAGGGAGGUUCCCUUUUUAAAGUAUUUGACUUGUGCUUUGGGGACUUAGUUGACACUGUGCAAAUUGUGCUGUAAUAUUGUACCAAGGAUCAGUGGAAGUGUUUUAUCUUUUUUAAUGUUGUUUGUACUUGACCGGGUUUUAUAAGUGUAAGAAAACAGAGUGUUGUAUUUUGAUCUGAAAUUUGCGUAUGGUAAAGUAACUUUGCUUUAUGUAUUGGAGGUUUGUUGAGAACUUGAAUUAUUUUAUAGAAGGGUACAGACCAAAAUUAAUUGUCUUAAAGGUGUUUAAUAAACUAACCAAAUAAAACACUUGAUGGUUUGAAAACUUG